AUGGCGCCGCCCCGGCAGCCGCCGGAGCUGGUAGCGGACAUUGUCGGCGAGAUCCUGCUCCUCCUCCCGCCGGCCGACCCCGCGUCCCUUGUACGCGCCUCCCUCGUCUGCAAGCUCUGGCGCCGCCUCCUCUCCAACCCGGCCUUCCGCCGCCGCUACCGCGCCUUCCACGGCGCGCCGCCCCUGCUCGGCUUCCUCCACGACCACUACGCCCACGGCGCCGUCGCCGAGCCCCGCUUCGUACCCACCGUGGCGCCCUCCCCAAUCCCCCAGCCGGCGCUCGGUUGCCGCGACUGGUCCGUCAUCGACUGCCGCCAUGGCCGCGUCCUCUUCGACAUCUUCGGCUACAGAGUCAGCCUCGUCGUCUGGGACGCCGUCACCGGCGGCCGCCACUUCCUGCCGGAUCCCCCGAUCUCGCGUCUGCUCUACGGCGCGGCGGUGAUCUGCGCCGUGCGAGGAUGCGACCACCUCGAUUGCCACGGCGGCCCGUUCCUUGUGCUGCUGACGGCCCUGGACGUUACUGGCAGUGUGAUGCAGGUGCAGAUGUACUCGUCGGCGGCUGGUGCCUGGAAGCUAUCUGCUCAUCAAGAUCUGCGUCACCAUGUCGCACGAAAGCCGAGCACGCUUAUCGGAGAUGAUAUCUACUUCAGGCUAGAUUCUGCUAGCACGGCUCUUCUGAGGUAUGAUCUGGGCAAGAAUCGCCUGUCCACCAUCGACGCGCCGGCAUCGCACUCGUAUGAAGGAGGUUUUGCAAUCAUGCCAAUGGUGGAUGGUUCCCUGGGGUUUGCCGACAUUAGGGGCUCAGAGCUUUGCCUGUGGUCAAAGAAUGUGGAUACGGAGGUAAGUGCUGGGUGGGAACAACGCGCAGUCAUUGAGCUUGAGACAUUGAUCCCUGAAUCCUUCAACCAAGCAUACGUAGUUGGUUUUGAGGAGGGUGGGGAUGUUAUGUUUGUGAGCAAUGACGUCGGAGUUUUCACAAUUGAACUCAACUCAGGACGGGUGGAGAAGAUAAGUGAGCCAGGGCACUAUGACGCUGUCUUCCCCUUCAUGAGCUACUACACCAAGAUUCUAUCUCAUUCUGGUCGUGUUCAACUUGUUAAGGACCAUUCUUGA